AUGGCCAACCAGGUCCAGGGCCUUCCCAGUUGGCGCCUUUUGUCUCGCAUCUCGGUCAUACUCUUCACAUUUUAUGUUGUCAUAUCGCUUAUCACUGUCAGUAUUCGUGGUACGGAAGUUGGAGAGAACUUAUUACCUACCAAGCCUUCACUUCAAGCAGCUCAUUUUGCGGGGUCGAAAGAAAUAGAUCAACAGGAUCUGUGGAAUGAGGCUAAAGUCAAGUAUAGCCAUCUAGCUGAUGACAAAUUUACCAUCGCUAUGUUGACGUAUCGACGCCCGAAAGAGUUGAAUCAUACUCUAGCAGUCCUACUCGAAGAAAAGAUCCCGUCUCUUCACGAAAUCGUCAUAAUAUGGGGCGAUAUUCAAGCGGACAUGCCCAAGAGCUUCAAAUCGAAGCACAACGUCCCGGUACGGUUUAGAAUGGCAUUCAAGGACAGUCUUAAUGAAAAACUCCGUCCAGAUCCACAAAUCGAGACGCAGGCAGUUCUCCUGACCGAUGAUGACGUAUAUUAUCGCCCUAAAGACCUUGAGUUUGUCUUUCAGUCGUGGCGCAAGUUUGGGAGGUAUCGCCUUACCGGCGCUCUCGCUCGAUGCGCAGAUGUUGAUGCGAAAGGAACUUACAACUAUAACUUCUGCUCAGGAAAGCAACGUGAUAGUUACUCCAUGAUCCUUACCAAUCUAUGUUUCUCGCACAUGUCCUUCCUGGACUAUUACUGGUCUAACGACAGAACUAUGGUCAAAGGCUCCUUACAGGACAAGGGCCCCUGCUAG